CUGAAUUAUGUAAGAUUCUCAUACUCCGCUCCGAGCAUUAUAUACUUAAAAAGCACAUCAAAUGAAUAUUCAAGAAUGACACUAAAAUAUUGACACGAGUCUUUGCUAUGCCGAAACUCCAGUCAAUGUUCAUUUCAAGAAUGAUACUAAAUUAUAUGCCUGUAACAAUGGAAAAAAAAAAAAUCCAAUAUAGGCAGGAUUCAAGAAAAUCUCCCACAAAAAGACAUUAUGGAUGAAAUGCAAAUGGCCCUUGCUUUAUUCUUUACGAGGCGCCGCCAGUGCAGGCUCUGGAUCGUCGGUUACGCGGUGCAGCUCGUCCUCCACGUGGUGUGCGUUUGGUCGGAGUAUAAGAAGAGGAACUCGCAGCGGGAUUUAGAAGCGAGCGGGAGAGGUCACUUCGUUUAUAGUCGGAGCUACUCGGAUUCGAGCUUGGGAAGUGAUGAAUCCGAUACCGGCGGUUACUUUUUCGCUCGCCGGAAAAGUGAUGAUGAAGCUAGCUUUGCUAAGCAUCUGGAGUCUGCAUAUACUAUGUUAUCGUUCAUUUGGUGGGUAACCGGGUUCUAUUGGGAGUCAGCUGGUGGCCAAAACUUGACUACUGAAUCACCUCAGCUUUACUGGCUUUGCAUUACAUCUUUGGCUUUCGACGUGUUCUUUGUGGUCGUCUGUGUUGCUGUUGCUUGUGUUGUUGGACUUGCUGAAGGAGCUACUAAGGAAGACAUUGAGAGGCUACCUAGAUGCAAGUUCCAGAAAAUCAGUGAUCUCGAGAAGCAAAGCAGUGAAACUGAAGGUUCUUAUGGAGGAAUAAUGACUGAAUGCAACAGUAACUCACCCACAGAGCAUGUCCUUCCUCAAGAGGAUGCUGAAUGCUGCAUUUGCCUGAGUGCUUAUGAUGAUGGAGCUGAACUGCGUGAGGUCCCUUGUGGCCACCAUUUUCAUUCCGCCUGCAUAGACAAGUGGCUCUACAUAAAUGCCACCUGUCCUCUUUGCAAGUUCAAUAUACUGAAAAAUGGCAACCAAGAUGGCAGUGAAAAAGUAUAGUCGAAAAAACCAUCCAUACUGUUUGGCUUUCUGGCAUAUUAUUGAACGUGUGGUGGCAUUUGGUGGUUGUGUGGAAUUUUUUGUUUCUCUAUGCCACAUUCAAGCAAAAAGAAUCGUGUCAAUAUCUCGAGAGUAUGACAUAAUUUGUAGUAAUAUUCUGUUCGGUUUGACGUUAUGUGGUACACAUAUGAUUGUAGUACACGUUCACGAUGUUUAUGCAGGCCGGCUUACAUUU